CCCGCAGCUGACUCUGAAAUUGCCCCUCCAUCUUCCCGCUCUACCAAGUCUGGACCCCGCGAAACCCGCCCAAACUUCCGGCCUCGUCUCAAUCAAGUUUGCCUGCCAGGUACUUUCGUCAGUGACUAGGUCCCUGAAUAUAUGCAGGAAUAAGGCUUAUGAGAGCAUCAAUUCCAGUUCCAUAUCCUUCCCUACUUAAACGUCUUCUAACCAUCCCAAUUGUACCUUCCUAUCUACAUCUAUAGGAAAAAAUGUCGGCCUCCGCUACGCAACCCAUUAUAACAUCCUCGACGCCAGAGGCGCCGAAGCUCACGAUCAGGGUCGGCACGCGCAAGUCAAAAUUGGCCUUGAAUCAAGCCGACUAUGUCGCUACCUCUCUAAAGCAACUACACCCGACGGUCAAUUUCGAGAUCAAGGGAAUGCAUUCGACAGCGGACAAGGACAAAAUAACGGCGCUGUAUAAGUUUGGUGGCAAGGGACUAUGGACGAACGAGCUAGAAGCAGAACUCGUGGCAGGGGAGCUCGACAUCAUUGUACACUCUCUAAAGGAUAUGCCGACGACGCUGCCAGAGGGGCUCAUUCUGGCCUGCGUAACACCUCGAGAGGACCCACGUGAUGUUGUUGUCGUCAAGAAAGGACUGGAAGAUAAAUACAAGAAGCUGGCAGACCUACCAGCGGGCGCCGUAGUUGGAACCAGUAGCGUUAGACGCAUGGCGCAAAUUAGACGACGGUACCCGCAUUUGGAGUUCAAGGACAUGCGCGGCAACAUCGACACUCGGCUUCAGAAGCUCGACGCUGAAGACAGCGGGUUCUCGGUGCUGAUCCUAGCCGCUGCAGGCUUACACCGGAUGGGUCUGGACGGGCGCAUCGCACAAUACCUCGAUAGCACUACGGAAGGUGGCGGUAUGCUACACGCCGUUGGCCAAGGUGGCCUAGGCAUCGAGGCGCGAGCAGACGAUCAGAAGACGCUCGACUUACUAAAACCCCUCGAGGACGUCAAGGUCAUGUUAGCGGCAGAGGCAGAAAGAAGUGUCAUGAGGACGCUAGAAGGCGGUUGUAGCAUUCCCAUCGGCGUAGAGACAAAAUGGGUAGGAGACAACACGCUGAGAUUAACAGGGACAGUUGUCAAUGUCGAAGGCACAGAAGCCGCCGAUGCCGAAAAGGUCGAAGAGAUCAAGACGCGGGAGGAAGCCAUAGCGUUCGGCAAGAAAGUAGCCCAGCAGCUAACGGACAACGGCGCGCAAAAGAUCUUAGAUGUGAUAAAUGAGGACCGAGAGGCCAAUAAAGAUAAGGCGAAACCGUGGGUACCGGCGUAGAGUUGCCAUAUAGAACUGGGGCAAAAAUCUAGGCUUAUAGGGGAAGAUGCGGACAAUGCUUUUUUAGACUUGAGCCGUCCAUUCUAUGUAACCUUAAUGUAGAAUCUGCGCGGAUGCUUUCGCCAUGAUGAUGAGAAUACCCCAAACGAGUUUAUGAUACAAGGUUGAGCCCGUCUCUGUCCCACUCGCUGGUUGUUGAAUGCCAAUAUCC